AUGGCUUGGAAGUACAAAGUAGGUCUGAUUCUUCUUGUUGCUGUUGUGGUUAUAUGGGUUACCUCUGCUGAAAUCACACAGAGUAUUUUUACGGACUACGAGCAUCCGUUUGUGGUGACGUAUGUUGGGACAUCCAUGUUGGUGGCUUAUCUUGCAAUUGCAUUCAUCAAAGAAUGCAUAAUGAAGAUGAGAAUAUUGAAAACAGAGAAAGCAAAAUUUAGUACAAAGCAAAUUGCUGUUUUGGCUCUCACAAUCGGUCCCAUUUGGUUUGUCUCUGAGUAUUUUACAAAUGCAGCAUUGGCAAGAACAAGUGUAGCAACCACAACCAUAUUGUUCUCAACCUCAGGCUUAUUCACACUCAUACUCAACGCUUGCUUGGAACGACAAUCUUUAACUAUUGUCAAUGUUGUUGCAGUCAUCGUCAGCAUGGCUGGGGUCGCCAUGACUACUGUUGGCAAGACCUGGGCUCGAGACGAACCCCAAUCCUCCUCUUCUGGGCAUGGAAAGCACUCGUUUGUUGGUGAUGCUUUUGCUCUACUCUCUGCUCUAACCGAUGGACUCUACUAUGUGCUCUUGAAGAGGUAUGCAGGGGAAGAAGCUGAAAAGGUUGACAUGCAGAAAUUUUUGGGAUAUGUUGGAUUAUUCACUCUCACUACUCUUUGGUGGCUAUUUUGGCCACUGAGAGCCAUUGGAAUAGAACCCAAAUUUAUGAUACCUCAAUCCACCAAAGUGGUUGAAGUCGUGCUUGCUAAUUGCUUUGUGGCUAAUUUUGUCUCAGAUUACUUUUGGGCAAUGGGUGUUGUUUGGACAAGUCCACUUGUAGCUGCUUUAGGUGCAUCUCUAACUAUACCACUUGCCAUGGUAGGAGAUAUGGUCCUCCAUGGUCGUCAUUAUUCUUUGGUUUACAUUUUUGGAUCCAUUCAAGUAUUUUUGGGAUUUAUAAUUGCAAACCUUUCGGAUUGGAUAUCUCCAAAGUUGAAGUUGAGGAAAAAGUUCUUGAAUGAAGGGAAGUAAAUACAUGGUGAAGCUGAUCUUAUUAUUAAUUAAUCAUAUAUAUGAUAUGAUGGUAUAUAUUAUAUAUUUUGGUUG